CGAGCACACACUGGAUACACAUAAACCAAAGCAACAAAACAAUCAAUGGGGUCUCCAAUGGCCUCCUUAGCAGCAACUUUGCUUGUUUUAACAGUCUCUCUCACCUUUGUAUCUCAAUCAACCGCUAACUACUUCUAUUCUUCUCCUCCACCACCUGUUAAGCACUACGAAUACAAAUCACCACCUCCUCCGGUUAAGCACUACCCUCCCCCUCCGGUUUAUCAUUCUCCACCACCACCUAAGAAACACUACGAAUAUAAAUCUCCACCUCCUCCAGUUAAACACUACUCUCCACCACCGGUUUACCACUCUCCACCACCCCCAAAGAAGCACUACGUGUACAAAUCCCCUCCACCCCCGGUUAAGCACUACUCUCCUCCUCCCGUUUACCAUUCUCCACCACCACCAAAGAAACACUACGUGUACAAGUCCCCUCCUCCUCCGGUUAAACACUAUUCUCCUCCUCCGGUUUACCACUCUCCACCACCUCCUAAGAAGGACUACGUCUACAAAUCUCCACCCCCACCGGUUAAGCACUACUCUCCCCCACCAGUCUACCACUCACCACCACCACCCAAGAAACAUUACGUAUACAAAUCUCCUCCUCCUCCGGUUAAACACUACACACCCCCUCCUGUUUACCAUUCCCCACCCCCACCUAAAAAACAUUACGUCUACAAAUCUCCUCCUCCUCCAGUGAUGCACUAUUCUCCUCCUCCGGUUUACCACUCUCCACCACCACCAAAGAAACACUACGUGUACAAAUCUCCUCCUCCUCCGGUUAUGCACUACUCCCCUCCUCCGGUUUACCACUCUCCACCACCACCAAAGAAACACUACGUGUACAAAUCUCCUCCUCCUCCGGUUAUGCACUACUCCCCUCCUCCGGUUUACCACUCUCCACCACCACCAAAGAAACACUACGUGUACAAAUCCCCUCCUCCUCCGGUGAAGCACUACUCUCCCCCUCCGGUUUACCAUUCCCCACCCCCACCAAAGAAGCACUACGUAUACAAAUCCCCUCCUCCUCCGGUUAAGCACUAUUCUCCUCCUCCAGUUUACCAUUCCCCACCGCCACCAAAGGAAAAGUACGUAUAUAAAUCACCUCCUCCUCCUCCAGUCCACCACUACUCUCCUCCACACCAUCCUUACCUCUACAAAUCUCCUCCUCCUCCUCCAUACCACUAUUAGAAUUCUCUGUCACGGAGAACACGAUGUGCACAAGAAGACAAAGUCAACACGGAAACAUAAUAAGAGAAACAUAGCGUGAGAGAGAGAAUCCAAACAUAAAGCUUUCUCAGCAUCUUCAACGUAUUUUUACUUUUCGUUUGCAAUAAAUUUGAAACAUGUGUGUGUUGAUCAACUAAUGGUCCAUGCACGCAGUCUGUAGUCAUAUAAAUGUGUGUAAGUUUUACGUCUUGUUUCUUUCUGAUUUCUUUCAUGUGCAAGUUUCUAUUAAUAAAAAGACCAUAAAUAAUAAGUUUGUAUUUCUUCAA